AUGAAGGCAGACCUACGAACUAUGAACUUGUUCAUUUGGAUAUUAGUCUCAAACUUUUUCUUGUGCUGGACUUCAGUUGACGCACAGAUGGAGUAUGAUGGUCCGCUCUCCGCACAGGACCAGAUGUACAUCCUUUAUGAAAUCAAACUGCAGUGCUACCAGAACCUCUCCAACAUUGAUCCAGGGUCCACAGAUGAGGUGUGCCCUCCAGACUGGGACGGUCUCAUUUGUUGGCCCCAUGGCUCCCCUGGGCUGGUUACCAAGGUUCCCUGCCCCUCUUACAUCUAUGACUUUAAUCACAAAGGACAUGCUUACAGGAAGUGUGAUGUCAACGGUUCCUGGGUGUAUGUGGACCGCUGGAACAAAACAUGGCACAACUACUCAGAGUGUCUGCGCUUCCUCCAGCCCACUGAUGAGGAAGGGAGACAAGACUUCUUUGAGCGGCUGUAUGUCAUGUACACCAUUGGCUAUGCCGUGUCUUUCAGCUCUCUGCUCGUGGCCAUCUUCAUCAUUGGAUACUUCAGGCGACUUCACUGCACCAGAAACUACAUCCACAUGCACCUGUUUGUGUCCUUCAUGUUACGGGCAGUCAGCAUCUUUGUGAAGGACAAAGUCGUCCAUUCCAGUGUUGGACUGCAGGACUUUGAUUCUGCCCUGAUGGACAACUCAGAGACAGUUAGCAUGGCACAACUGGACAAGUCUCAGUAUAUUGGCUGCAAGGUGACGGUGCUGCUCUUCAUCUAUUUUCUGGCCACCAAUUACUACUGGAUCCUGGUUGAAGGCCUCUACCUCCACAGUCUCAUCUUCAUGGCCUUCCGAUCAGACUCCAAAUACCUCUGGGGCUUCACCCUCAUCGGAUGGGGUGUUCCAGCCGUUUUUGUGGCAGUGUGGGCGAUUGUCAGGGCAGCACUAGCAGAUGCAAGGUGUUGGGAGUUCAGUGCUGGUAACAUUAAAUGGAUCUACCAGGUACCCAUCCUGACAGCCAUUGGGCUCAACUUCAUCUUGUUUGUGAACAUUGUAAGAGUGUUGGCCACGAAAAUUCGAGAGACAAACGCAGGGAGAUACGACACCAGGAAACAGUACAGGAAACUGGCAAAGUCCACCCUUGUGCUAGUGCUAGUGUUUGGCAUCCACUACAUCAUCUUUGUUGGGAUGCCUCUUACAUUUGAGGGACCGAGCUGGGAGAUCCGCAUGUACUGUGAGCUGUUCUUCAACUCCUUUCAGGGUUUCUUUGUGUCCAUUAUCUACUGCUACUGCAACGGCGAGGUCCAGACAGAGAUAAAGAAAACAUGGACACGCUGGAACCUGGCCUUUGAGUGGGAGGGCCCAGUGGUCUGCGGCCGCUAUCGUUAUGGCUCAGUUGUUGUCGGCAUCAACAACAACAGCACAAGCAGCCAGUCCCACCUGGCAGGGGGUGGUCCUUCCACCCGCUCCACCACGCUUGUUUCAAGCCGUGUUUAUCGGAGCACAGCUCCCCCCAUGGUCAACAUGCACGCCACCCUCCCGGGAUAUGUGAUUAGUAACUCAGACCCAUCCAUACCUGAAGAACCUGAGGACAGUGGCCCAAAGCGGGUGGACGAUAUCUCGCUGAAGGAAAAUCUGCCUGUACUUAGCACCAGUGCAACAGCUGAGGAUGAGGAGGAAACACUGUAGCCAUCGUCUAAUGUGGCAAAAAAAAAAAAAAUUUUUGUAGGUGAGCUGUGCCACCACUUUUAAAGAGGGUAUCAAUGGCAAACAAUUUUUGGCUGUUAUGCAAGAAAUGGGAAAAUGUCUUGAACCCCCCUCACAAAAAAGAACAUAAAAUACAAGGGUCAAAGGAUAAAAAACAUCAAGGCCAACUGAUGGUUUGACACAGACCGUGAACCUGAGCGGCCAGUAUUAAAAGCAAAUCCAGAGCUACACUUUUCAUUCACCAUGUAAACAUUUUUAGCCUUGGUGUUACAUGUUGUUGAUUACUCGUGGAGAUUGUUUGCAUAAGGAUAUGUAUUGUAGGAGUGUAAGGGUGCCAAAAGGUCAUUGGAAGAAUGAAACACAUUUGAAAUGAUGCAUUUGAAUGAGCUUGGCUGCUGCAUUGACCUUCUAGCUUAAGACAAUCAUUUAUCACCUUCAGAACCUCUCAGGGAGGGCAAUGCCAUUGUGCUCUCUGUUGUUAAGAAUAGAAAUUAUGCUGUUGCUUGGACUGUCUGACUUUAUGAGAAGUAGGUGCAAAUCUGCUAUUGUGAUGCUGAAUACCACAACUGAGGAAAGUGUUAAACCAUAGUUGGUAAAAAAGCACACUGUAUGUUUAAACUCGGGGAAACGGGCGGUAAGAAAAAAGGGUUUUUUUUUUAUUUGUUUGUUUUUUUCUAAAUAUGGGUACCACCAUUUUCUUAGCUGUAAAAGAAAACACUUGGAAUGUGUAUACAUGAUGAACCUUUGUUCUUGCCAGCAAAGGUUCACUUAAUUUGAACAUUGAACAUGUACAGUAGAUUACUGUAAUUUCCUUCCCAUAUUCCAAAGCUACAUAUCCAAUGUAAUUUACUUAGUUUCUAACCCUCCUGUUGGCUGAAUUUUAAUUCCAGCUGGUGACAGUAUCUCCCAUGUAAGAGGACACCGUGUUCUGAUGAAUCCUUGUCUUGGACUAAUUAAGUGUCAUGGUGACAGGCUUGCUUGUACAGUCAGCCCACUUUGUGAAGAGAAACUUUCAAGCUACAGCUGCCAGUGGAACUAAGUGAAAUGUAUGCAGAUCUUUUUUCUGUUUCAUAUUACCUUGAACUGCUGACUUGUGGAUACACUUGCUAUGUUUACAGUACUGCUUGUAAGUAAGGCCACAACAAUUGUCACAGGCAGUAACACGUACCAUUUUUAUAGGACACAGAAAGUGACAUUAUGACUGUAUUAAAAUCCUAAUUUUUGUAUUUUCAAGAAUCACCUUUGUGCUGACUGUGAAGGGCUACAUUUGGUGGCUGCUUAAAGGUUUUGUGUCUGCUUUGUGCAUGCAUAUUUGUCAGUGCAUUAGAUGGGGUGUAUGGAUCUUGUACACGUGCCUCUCCUGCUCCAGCAGACGCUUUUAAGAAGUCAACUUUAAAGGAUUCUUUUCAGUCUUGUCCGUGUGUGUGCUAAAUGCAUUAGGCUGUUUUUCUGUGUGAUAUUUGUUUGUCCUCUCCUUCCCUUCUUCCUCCAUGUUUCCUCCCUCCCGGCUUCCCUGUUAACUGCU